UGUGUUCGGCCCGCGGACUAACUCCCUCCGUGUACUCUUCUCGGAAAAGAAAAAAAUCAUCUUUGCGCCCCUUACCGCCGCUCUCUUUCUUUUGUUGACCUUCUAUCUGCGAAUAUAUUGAUUUUCUGGUUUAUUUUAUUUUGGAAUUAACUGCAAUUUUCACAUGGAAUGCUCUCGCGAAACGAAGUCACCUGUCACAUCAUCUCAAACGCCAUCAUCAUCGUCGACACGCCGCCGAAUGAGUCGGAUUAAUUUCAAAAAGUCAUCGGCGUCGACCACCCCGACGAGCCCACAUUGCCCAUCUCCGCGGCUUAUAAGUCUGCCGAGAUGUGCUUCUUCAUCUAUUGAUCGGAAGGAUCAAGCUUCGCCGAUGGCAAGUCCUUCAACUCCUCUUUAUCCAAAGCACAGUGAUAGUCUUCAUUCGUUAUCUGGACAUCAUUCCGCUGGAGGAGCAGGAACAAGUGACAAGGAACCGCCAAAAUUCAAAUACAAAAUGAUUAUGGUUCAUUUGCCAUUUGAUCAACAUUCUAGGGUUGAAGUUCGUCCCGGUGAAACCGCGCGGGAUGCCAUUUCGAAAUUGCUCAAAAAACGGAAUAUCACACCUCAAUUAUGUCACGUGAACGCGUCAUCUGACCCAAAACAAGAAUCUAUUGAAUUAUCGCUGACAAUGGAAGAGAUCGCAUCCCGACUGCCUGGAAAUGAAUUAUGGGUUCAUUCAGAAUAUCUGAAUACAGUCUCAUCGAUUAAACAUGCAAUUGUUCGAAGAACGUUUAUUCCACCGAAAUCAUGUGAUGUAUGCAAUAAUCCUAUCUGGAUGAUGGGAUUUCGAUGUGAAUUUUGUCAAUUCAAAUUUCAUCAAAGAUGCUCAUCGUUUGCACCACUUUAUUGCGAUUUGUUACAAUCUGUACCGAAAAAUGAAGAUCUAGUGAAAGAACUCUUUGGGAUCGCAUCACAAGUCGAAGGCCCAGAUAGAUCAGUUGCCGAAAUAGUUCUUGCUAAUCUAGCUCCAACGAGUGGACAAAGUCCAGCUGCCACACCAGACAGUUCUCAUCCAGAUUUGACGAGUAUUAAACGAACGGGUGGUGUCAAAAGACAUCCAAUGGCUGUUUCUCCACAGAAUGAAACAUCUCAAUUAUCUCCAUCCGGACCUUAUCCACGGGAUCGGAGCUCUUCUGCUCCGAAUAUCAAUGCGAUUAAUGAUGAGGCAACAGUUCAACAUAAUCAAAGAAUUCUUGAUGCAUUGGAAGCUCAGCGAUUAGAAGAAGAAUCACGAGAUAAAACUGGAUCGUUACUUUCAACACAAGCACGUCAUCGACCUCAUUUCCAGAGUGGACAUAUUUUGUCAGGAGCUCGAAUGAAUCGUCUUCACCCACUUGUUGACUGUACUCCUCUUGGCUCGAAUUCUCCUUCAUCUACAUGUUCAUCACCUCCAGGUGGCUUAAUCGGACAACCUACUCUUGGACAAUCCCCGAAUGUAUCAGGAUCAACGACGUCAUCAUUAGUAGCCGCUCAUUUGCAUACUCUCCCAUUAACACCACCACAAUCAGCACCUCCUCAGAAGAUUUCACCUGGUUUCUUCCGAAAUCGUAGUCGAUCGCCAGGCGAACGACUUGAUGCACAACGACCCAGGCCGCCACAGAAACCACAUCAUGAGGAUUGGGAAAUAUUGCCGAAUGAAUUUAUUAUUCAAUACAAAGUUGGUUCGGGAUCCUUCGGUACCGUCUAUCGUGGAGAAUUCUUCGGAACUGUUGCUAUAAAAAAGCUGAAUGUUGUUGAUCCGACGCCUUCUCAAAUGGCAGCCUUUAAAAAUGAAGUUGCAGUUUUAAAGAAAACACGUCAUUUGAAUGUUUUGCUGUUUAUGGGAUGGGUUCGAGAACCAGAAAUUGCAAUUAUUACUCAAUGGUGUGAAGGAUCGAGUUUGUAUAGACAUAUUCAUGUUCAAGAGCCACGCGUCGAAUUUGAAAUGGGUGCUAUCAUUGAUAUACUGAAGCAAGUGUCUCUUGGAAUGAAUUAUUUACAUUCAAAAAAUAUUAUUCAUCGUGACUUGAAAACGAACAAUAUAUUCCUUAUGGAUGACAUGUCAACGGUAAAAAUUGGAGAUUUCGGCUUGGCAACUGUCAAAACGAAAUGGACAGUGAACGGAGGUCAACAGCAACAACAACCAACAGGAAGUAUUCUCUGGAUGGCACCUGAAGUCAUCAGAAUGCAAGAUGAUAAUCCAUAUACCCCACAGUCUGAUGUGUAUUCUUUUGGAAUAUGCAUGUACGAAAUUCUAUCUUCGCAUCUACCAUACUCCAACAUUAAUAAUCGAGAUCAGAUAUUGUUUAUGGUUGGAAGAGGGUAUUUGAGGCCGGAUAGAUCGAAAAUUCGACAUGAUACGCCGAAGAGCAUGCUCAAAUUAUAUGACAAUUGCAUUAUGUUCGAUAGAAAUGAGCGGCCAGUAUUUGGAGAGGUUCUCGAACGACUUCGCGACAUAAUUCUUCCAAAAUUGACUCGUUCUCAAUCAGCUCCGAAUGUUCUUCACUUAGACUCGCAAUAUUCGGUGAUGGAUGCUGUAAUGAGAAGCCAAAUGCUUUCCUGGUCAUAUAUUCCACCUGCAACUGCAAAAACCCCACAAUCAGCAGCAGCAGCGGCCGCUGCUAACAAGAAGGCAUACUACAAUGUCUAUGGUCUCAUUUAGUUUUAUUUUGUUUUUUUUUUUGAAAAUCAAGGGACACUGCAACUUUUUAGUUGAUUUUCUCGUCUCUCCCCGAAUAUGUACCUUUAUUUUCUCUCUUUUUUCUAUUCUUCCCAGUGAUUUUCCCUACCCCAUGUGUACACUAACCAAAAAACUUCCAGUCGAAGAAUAAUCUCGCCCAUCGUUAUUUUACUAAUCAUUUCUCGUCACAUUGAAUCCUGUUCUAUUAUUCACCCCCUCAUCACCCAUCCCGAUAUUAUUAUUAUUAUUUUAACCCCGUAUUCACCGUUUCCUCCAAAACUUAAAAAUCCCACCAAAAUACUUUCUUUCCAGUCUAAGUCCGCCUGCAAUCGUUCCCCCAUGUGAAAUUGUGAUAAUUUUCAUAUUUUUGUUUCGGCUAAACCGGUAGAACUUUUUCUUUUCCAACUAUAAUGCUUUUUAUUGAAAACGUUUCUUUUGAUAAGUUUUCAAUGUUCCCACCCCAUUUCCGUUUCCAAACAUCCCAAAGAUUCUCUGUAUGUAUAGAAUUAUAUAGAAUCCAAUGCCUAUCCGUUUUGUUUUUGUCAUUUCGAACACAUUUUGAAACUUCCAUUUAUUUUAAUUUCAAAAUGCAGCAUCCCCAUUCCUUUUCUGAACCGGGUUAUUUGAAUCAUUUAAUUUUUGCAAACAAAAAAAGUUGAAGAUAAAAUAAUUUUUCGCCUG